AUUUACUUCUCAGGCUUCAAGAUUAAAACAUAAAAAAGCCCAACAUGUAUGCGCUCGUAUUAACUGCCGAAUUAAAUGGGGUCACGAACCUUCGACCCAAGGAUAUAACCGAGAGUCCAUUCUGGUAUACCUUCACGGUCCAAUGUACCUCAUGUCGAGAAACACAUGGAAAUCCGGUAGCAGUCAGCAGAUUUGAGACCAACGAACUUAGUGGUAGCAGAGGAGAGGCGAACUUCGUAUGGAAAUGCAAGAAUUGCAAGCGAGAAUCUUCUUGUUCAAUCAAGACAGCCCCCAAAGCAUAUGAACAAGGCGAACCACCAAAACAGCAACCCAUCAUCGAGUUCGACUGUCGAGGUUUGGAAUUUACAUCGUUUAGCCCAGAGGGAGAGUGGCUGGCAGAUGGUAUAGAGUCUGGUACCAAGUUUGAGGGCGUAGAUUUACAAGAAGGGGAAUGGUAUGAAUACGACGAGAAAGCCAAUGAUGAGGUUUCUAUCAAGGACUUGAGUUGGGAUAUUAAGAGGGCUUGAAGUUGUGGAUAAGAAGCCACUCCGUUAUUAACUCAAGCAAGCGAAACCCAAUGAAACCAAAAUAAAUCACUGAUAUAUCUAAUUACCAUACCUUUAGUUGAACGCGAAGUUUGCGAUGCUAUCUCAUCUCGCCUUCGUAGCAGCAUAGGUAGAAAGCGGGGCAGAACCCGAGAACUGCGAUACCCCAUUAGCCACUUAAGACCAUUACAUAAGCC